CAGAUUUUCCAGAUAAGAAAAAUCAAUGGAUGCUUUCUCUUCCUCUUUCCUUUCUUCUUUAUCACCCCAACCCCAAAUAACCAUUCCUUUGUUGGUUUCUCCAUCAUCUAAAAAUUUUCCUCUCCGGCACAUAUCUUGUGUCAGCAUCGGCCAGAACCUUCCAACCACCACCGCCACCUCAAAAUCACCACUGCACCGGAAAACCAACUCCUUGAAGCCAGCACUGAUACUUUCAAAUGUAUUGAAUGCACUGGAUGGCUUCAUUAACACAACCCUCGAUCCGGUUCACAGCCACCACUCUUCCUCCGAUCCCACCCGUGUUCUCACAAACAACUUUGCUCCGGUCGAUGAGCUUCCUCCGACCGAAUGUCCGGUGGUUGAAGGAACCCUUCCUGAAUGCCUCGACGGAGCAUACAUCCGAAAUGGGCCGAACCCGCAAUUUUUCCCUCGCGGCCCAUACCAUUUAUUCGAGGGAGAUGGAAUGCUCCACUGCAUUAGAAUUUCCAAGGGGAAGGCUACAUUUUGCAGCCGUUUUGUGAAAACUUACAAGUAUAAAGCUGAAAAAGAAGUCGGAUCGCCGAUAAUUCCGAACUUCUUUUCGGUUUUCAAUGGCGGUCUCAAAGUAUUCAUUGUGCGCUGGGGCCUUGCAGCUGCCAGAAUUAUUUCCGGUCAAUUCACCACCGGAAACGGGAUCGGUUCGGCCAAUAUCGGUGUGGCCCUAAUUGGCGGGAAACUUUACGCAAUGGGCGAAUCGGAUCUUCCUUACGAAAUAAAGUUAGAACCUAAUGGAGAUAUUACCACUUUGGACCGCUAUGAUUUCGACGGGAAGCUUAAAGCGAGCAUGACUCCUCAUCCUAAGAUUGAUCCAGAAACAAAAGAAGCUUUUGCUUUUACACUUGGAAUAAUUAGGGCUCCUUUUCUAACAUUUUUCAGAGUCAAUCCCGAUGGAACAAAACAACAGGACGUGCCGGUUUUUUCAGUGAAAUCAUCACCUUUUAUGCAUGAUUUGGCCAUCACUAAAAACUAUGCUAUCUUUCCAGACAUACAAAUUGGAGUAGAUGUCCUUAAGAUUGUUACCGGAGGCCGGUCACCUGUGGGUUCAGAUCCUGGAAAAGUUCCCCGGCUCGGAGUUCUUCCGAAAUACGCGGUGGAUGGAGGGGAGAUGAGGUGGUUUGACGUUCCGGGACUGAAUUUUGUACAUGUGAUCAAUGCUUGGGAAGAGGAUGAAGGUGAUACGAUUGUGGUUGUGGGUCCUAAUUUGUUGUCGGUUGAGCAUUUUCUGGAUCGUAUGGAUUUGGUUCAUGCUUCCAUUGAAAAGAUUAAGAUUGAUCUCAAGACCGGGAUGGUGUGCAGACAUCCAGUUUCAGCAAGAAGUUUGGAAUUUGGGGUCAUUAAUCCAGCUUAUGUUGGCAAGAAAACCAAGUAUGUGUAUGCAGCAAUUGGAGUUCCAAACCAAGUGCCAAUUAUAUCUGGAGUAGUGAAAUUAGAUAUAUCUCAAUCAGAAGAGAUUGACCGUCAUGAUUGUGUUGUGGCUAGCCGGCUGUACGGACCAGGUUGUUAUGGUGGUGAACCAUUUUUUGUGGCGAAGGAGCCUGGAAACCCUAACUCAGAUGAAGAUGAUGGCUACGUGAUAUGUUUUGUCCACGAUAAAAAUAAUGGAGAAUCAAGGUUUUUGGUGAUGGAUUCUAAAUCACCAAAUCUUGACAUUAUUGCUACUGUUAUGUUGCCUCAUAGGGUUCCCAGUGGAUUCCAUGGCCUAUUUAUAAGGGAAAGUGACCUUAAUUAAUUAGUUAUUUAGCUGUUAAAGUAGGAUAUAUAUAUAUAUAUAUAUAUA